CGCCGAAUGAAUACGAAUGACAACGGCGCUUAAAAUGAACACCCCUUUCUUAGCCCACGCCUACUUAGUAUGUGAAUUUAGCUUUAAACUGUACGAUUCUUGCUUGCAGUCUGGGCUUUCAUAAUUCACAGAGAAAUGGGAAGGAGAUCUGCAGAACUGUCGCUGGUCGCUCUGGUCUCGCUGCUAUUCUGCAUUAGUAAAUGCGCUUCUGCAGCAGGCUUGGAACUCACACUGCUUCACACCAACGAUGUUCAUGCACGAAUCGAGGAAACCAAUGAACGUUCUGGCUCGUGCACUAAAGGUUCAUGCUUCGCUGGAGUGGCCAGGAGAUUCACCAAAAUCAAGGACAUCCGGAGUCGAGAACGGAAUGUGUUGCUAUUGGAUGCGGGUGACCAGUUUCAGGGCACCGUUUGGUUCAACUAUUACAAGGGCGCUGAAGCAGCACAUUUUAUGAAUAAGCUCAGAUAUGAUGCAAUGGCAUUGGGAAACCAUGAGUUUGAUAAUGGAGUGGAUGGUCUGAUUAAGCCUUUUCUACAAGAAGUGAACUGCAGCAUUCUCAGUGCUAACAUUAAGCCAGAUGCUACACUGGCUCCAAAGAUAGCCGGCUACUACAUGCCCUAUAAGAUAUUUGAUGUAAGCACUGAAAAGGUGGCAGUGGUUGGAUAUACUUCAAGGGAAACACCAGCUUUGUCAAAGCCAGGCCCACAAUUGGUGUUUGAGGAUGAGGUCACAGCUGUGCAGCUCCAGGUAGACAAGCUUGUCACCUUGGGCAUUAAUAAGAUCAUUGCCCUCGGCCACUCUGGCUUUGUCACUGACCAAGAAAUUGCCAAGAAAGUAAAGGGAGUGGACGUGGUGAUCGGAGGACACACCAACACUUUUCUAUAUACUGGGACGCCCCCAUCGACAGAGGUACCAGCGGGCCCUUACCCCUUUAUGGUGCGGUCCGAACAUGGCUAUGAUGUACCCGUCGUCCAGGCCUAUGCUUUUGGGAAGUACCUGGGCUACUUGAAGGUGACCUUUGAUGAGCAAGGACGUGUGGUGACCUCAACAGGGAAUCCGAUCCUGCUUAAUAGCAGCAUACCAGAGGAUCCAGUUAUCCGUGCAGAUGUGGGGGAAUGGAUGAAGAGCCUGGCAAAUUACUCUUCGCAGUAUGUGGGAAACACCCGGGUGUACCUGAACGGCACCUUCGAAGAGUGCCGUUUCAGGGAGUGCAACCUGGGAAACCUAAUAUGUGAUGCAAUGAUUCACCACAAUAUCAAGUACGCCGAUGAGGUUCAGUGGAACCACGUCAGCUUGUGCAUCCUGAACGGCGGGUCCAUACGGGGGCCUAUCGACGAGCGCAGCCGAAACGGUUCCAUCACUAUGGGGGACCUUAUUUCUGUCUUACCAUUCGGAGGCACGUUCGAUUUAGUGCAGCUGAAGGGAUCGACGCUGAGAAAGGUCUUUGAGCAUUCUGUAAAGAGAUAUGGAGGUGGCACUGGGGAGUUUCUUCAGGUGUCAGGGAUCCGUGUUCAGCUGGACGUGUCAAAGCCCCCAGACAACCGCGUGGUAGGUUUGAGCCUCCUGUGUACACACUGUCGAGUGCCCAGCUAUGAACCCCUGGAGGCUAACAGGACCUAUAAACUGGUCCUGCCGUCCUACCUGGUUGACGGAGGCGAUGGGUACUCGAUGAUCCGGAAUGAGAAGCUCAAACACGACACCGGCGACUUGGACAUAUCCGUUGUUGCCGACUACAUCACCGAAAUGGAGCGGGUCUAUGCAGCUGUGGAGGGUCGGAUCACAUUCGUCAACUCCAAAUCGGGACCAGUGAGUGCAAGUCAUGUGACCAGGCCGCAACUGCUCCUGCCACUCCUGGGCCUGGUCUGGACCCUGUCGGAUAUCUCGUUUUUAGAUUAUCGCCUUUGAGAAAGAGGCAAUAGUCCCUUUUUGCACUGGGAUGUAGGAGCUAAAAGCAGAGAGGAACUGUCCACUACGGGUCUGAAAGGGCUGGUGAGGUGCGUUCAUGUUUGCUUUCCCAACGCACAUUGAGAGCCGUGAAGAUUAUGUAAAGUAGGAGGGUCUAUACCCAGGAAAUGCAUAUUCACUGUUCUAUUUGAUGAACAUCGGUUAUAGUGGUCUUUAAAUUUUUUUU